AUGGGUGUGUCGUUCCUGUAUCGUUCCAAAACCCAACGGUUCUUUAAAUGCUGUGUUUAUGCACUAGGUGCUUCUGCCUUCUUGGUUGGAGGUCGAUGGGCCCUUGCUGACACCAGCAUUGUGGGCCUAAGUAAUAAAUGCUUCUCCGUUUCCUGCGCUAGCGUACCAUUUGUUACCAAGUUUCCUGAAAUAAAUCUAAAUAACUGGAUGUGCUUGCCUGUUUCUGCAGUCGACAAGUUACAGUCAGGUGAUGAAUGUUAUCGCUCAAAAAUGGAAGUGUUGUGCAUGGAACUCCAAGGUCGCUUGUGUAAGGAAGUUGAAAAGAUUGAUGGGAAAGCCAAGUUCAAAGUGGACAAAUGGGAACGUCGUGCUGGUGGUGGCGGAAUUUCAUGUGUUCUAGAGAAUGGUGAUGUUUUUGAAAAGGCUGGUGUAAACAUCAGUGUGAUAAGUGGGAACCUUAGCGCUCAAGCUGUGAAAGAAAUGCGUGCAAGACAUAAUGAAAUUGAUCCUAAUAAAGAGUGCAAAUUUUUCGCUUGUGGUAUCAGUUCAGUUAUUCAUCCACUUAAUCCAUAUGUCCCUACAACACACUUUAAUUUUCGUUACUUCGAAGUUGAUUUGGGUAACAAUCGUAAAUGUUGGUGGUAUGGCGGCGGAGCAGAUUUAACUCCAUACUACUUAUUUAAUGAAGAUGCUAAACACUUUCAUGAGCAGUUAAAAUUGGCUUGUGAUCAACAUAACGAAUCGUUUUAUCCACGUUUUAAAAAAUGGUGUGAUGAUUAUUUCUAUCUGACACAUCGAGGUGAGACACGUGGUGUUGGUGGAAUAUUUUUCGACGAUUUAGAUGGUACUUCACAAGAAAAAGUAUUCAGUUUUGUAAAAUCGUGUGCUGAAGCAAUCAUUCCAGCUUACCUACCGAUUGUUGAAAAACGAAAGCAUUUAAAGUAUACUAACAAAGAACGUGAAUGGCAGUUGGUAAGACGUGGACGUUAUGUUGAAUUCAAUUUAAUCUAUGAUCGUGGCACUAAAUUUGGUCUAGCCACUCCAGAAGCUCGUAUUGAAAGUAUUUUAAUGUCUUUACCACGUUAUGCUCAAUGGAACUAUUGUUAUGACAAUUCACAGGAUCCACGUAAUCAAUCACUCAUUGAGGUGCUUAAAAAUCCUAAAGAAUGGGUUUAA